UGUCGUAAUCAGGAUGCCUUGCCUAGAACUUUAUGUCUUAGCAAUCUGGACGAUGCUUUAAACUCAACGAAUACCAUGACGCAGCACAACAAUUGUCUCAAUGAAGAUUGUACAUACGUCGUUCUUACGAGAAAAUUAAAGACACAUUUACAUUUUGUAAAUGCUUCAACCAAAGAUCUCACUAUGUCUUACAUCGAACAAUCUUGUAUUGUAAGAUGGUGUGAGCUUCAUUUCGCUGAGGUCAAUAAAAGUCUUGAUGGCUAUGAUUUUUUUAACCCUGCUGCUGUGUCAAUUGGAAAUCCACUACAAAUAAGCAUAACUAUUAGUCGAUGGAAUCGAACACACGUUUUUGUUUGUUCAUCAAUGCAAAACGUUUCCGAUCGUAUCUUUCAGGCUCCCCAUCAAAUCUUGACGCUUGUUGGAUGUGUCAUAUCGAUUAUAGCGUUGAUGCUUACCCUUCUGACCUAUACACGUUUCCCACUGUUACGGAAGACUACAUUCGUGAAGCUAAUCAUGGCGCUCGCCGGCACCCUGCUCCUUGGACAGCUUCUCUUGGUUGUGUUUCUUGGUGCCGCAAGGUUUAAUGCUAACGCAUGCGCUAUACUUUCAGUAGUAGCACACUACGUUUGGCUUUCUGUCUUUACCUAUACGCUUUUGAUUGCUUUCGAGCUGUACCGCACGUUCGGUCGGAGGAAAACGAAGUCUACUCGUGGCGUAAAACCGAGCGUAUUUAUCACAUACAUCACCUCUGCCAUGGCUUUUCCCCUUCUUAUCAUCAUUCCUAGCCUGAUAUUGCACCUCUUGAGGCGGACAUCACUAACCUAUGGUGAUAUCUCUAGAGGUUGUUGGCUUGGUGACGCCAGUGCGAAUCUGAUAGCCUUCGUUUUACCCAUCACGCUUAUCCUUGUCUUGAACGCGGUAGUUUUCGUAGCUACAGUGUAUCAUCUCUGCACAUCUCGAGGAGAUAUGUUCAAGAACGACUCGAGGAAACGCAGGACAGAGGCUAGGAGGAACCUCCGAAUAUCAAUGAAGAUUUCGACUCUUAUGGGGUUUACUUGGUUCUUUGGAUUCGCCGCUACGUACCUUGAUUUCGCGGCCCUAUGGUAUAUAUUCAUUCUACUCAACACACUACAAGGGCUCUUUAUAUUCAUAAGCUUCAUGUGUAAUAGCAACAUUUGGCGACUGUGGACGGCAGGGUAGAUGAUUACUUCUGGAAUUUUAA